AUGACCCUCGCCGCGCCGGCGGCCCUCCCAGCCGCAGUUUUCCCCGCCGCGGCGCGAGGAGGGCAGGCCGUCACCGAACUCGUCGAGGGCGUCGGCGGGGCGGCCAACCAGGUCUUGGCGUCGGGCCCGAUCGUCAUUGGCUCAACGGCCCUCUUCGUGGGUGCCAUCACUGACGACACACUGACGCUGGGCCGGACGGCAUGGAAGGGCCACGACCUCCUGAAUGUCACCGUUGUGACCCGCUCGGGCAGGCUCUCCCUCGACGCCCAGGAGGACAUCCCCGCCCUGCUGAGUAGCGAGGCGGGGUCCCAGAUCCUCCAGCUACAGUUUGAAUAA